AUGACUUCGCCGUCUCGACGCGCCGAUUCUCAAUCGGCAUCCUCGCUCGGUCUAACCCUUGUCAAUCCCCGCCGCCCUCUCAGGAGCUUAUCCAUUUUCUUUGGGCUAUGGAAAGCUCUCAUCUUCCUAGUAGUAGCUUUCUGCCCUGGACUAGGCUAUGACACUUCAACAAGUCUACUCCUCUAUCCAACCAGAGACGUAUCGGACGUUGCUCCAUUACACUUUCCCCUUUCACUCAAAUUUGCGAGAUGGGAUUCCAUCUACUUCGUUCACGCUGCCGAGCAUGGCUAUGUUUUUGAACAAGAAUGGGCCUUUGGGUAUGGUUAUACCAGGCUUCUGGCCUUCAUUGCGUCUGUAUUACCUCGAUCAGCCAGCUUAGAUGAAUCCGCCCGAAUUGCAUCUGUAGCAGUUGUGCUGUCCCACGUCGCUCAUUACCUAUCAGUCCUGGUUCUAUACAGGCUCUCAAUCAACAUCUUUGGCGGUGACACUGCCAAGCAGAAAACCAUUUGCUUUCUCUCCGCUGCUUUGCACAUCAUCAGUCCCGCGGGUGCAUUUCUUUCGGCACCCUAUGGGGAAGCUCUGUUUUCCCUUCUCAGCAUCUCUGGGUUCUAUCUUUACUCGUCAUCUGGUCUCGAUGAUAGUACCAACCAGCGACUUUCAAGGGACUUGAAACUCCUUACAGCUGCUGUACUAAUAUCAGCAGCCACAGCAGUCCGCAGCAACGGAAUUCUUGGUGGGAUCUUGUUCGCGUAUGAUGCUCUUCUACAGCUGCGGCAGAUUCUCAGUCGAGGUCCGUCAUGGGCGGUUGUCUCGCGCCUUGCGGUCAUUGUCCUCGGAGGCUGUGUCAUCGCACUGGGAAUGGCUGUACCUCAGUACAUCGCUUUUAAUGCUUUCUGCAUGACUCCGAACGCCCCACGUCCAUGGUGUGGAUGGACCAUCCCGAGCAUAUACCGGUUUGUCCAAGAACAAUACUGGAAUGUCGGGUUCUUACGGUAUUGGGUCGUAUCAAAUAUCCCUCUAUUCCUCUUAGCCCUGCCCAUGUUGGCAUUGCUUCUUCGGUCAGCUCUCUGGGCAUGGAAGCUGCCAUCGAUCACCAGUAGCUCUUCAAAGAAUGCUGCCAGUGCAGCAUCAACCAAAGCCACGUGGUUUCUCCCUCGCUUGGCAAUCAUCCAAGCCCUGCUCGCUGUUCUGGCUUUCACCAGCUAUCAUGUCCAGAUCAUUAAUCGGUUAUCUUCUGGGUAUCCAUUAUGGUAUUGGCACCUGGCGGCUCAGCUUAUAGGCGAAUUUGAAGACUCUCAGCCCACUAAUAAGAGCACCAGCAUAUCUGCAGUUGCUAUCCAAGCCAUGAUGGUCUAUGGUUUAAUCCAAGCGGUUCUCUUUGGCUCGUUUCUCCCUCCCGCUUGA